CGACCGGCCAGCAACAGUUCCGUGGUACCAACGAUCAGUGUUUCAAGACGCGCACAGCGACUGAUAUUGCCACGACCGUUCGACAAUAAUAUUAUUUAAACACGAUGAGACCGUACGCUCUCCUAUGGCCCUUGGCCGCAUUCUUAGUGACCCGGACCUCCGGGUCAGCCAUUCCUAUGUGGGAAUUCCUUAGCCGAGGAGAAAAGAUGAGCCAUUUAUUUAAUAUGUUUGUGAAACAAGUAGCCGACUAUUGUGACACGUCUUCGAUGCCAGACUGUAACAAAGUUUUGUUGGUUUAUGGUUUAACUAACUUAGCAAAAAUGGGUGAUGACAGUUUAGAUAAAAUGGACCCUUAUCAAAGAGGAUCAAGAACAAUGAUAUGGGAGUCUAUGAUGAAAGGAGGUUUCUUUACUUCUCAAACAACCAACAAAUUUGAACAAGACCUCACCGAUCCAUUGGAAACAAGUGGUGGAAAUGAUCUGGGAUCAGCAUCAAAUAAUGUCGAAGAAAUUGCUACACCACCUGGAGGUUACAUCAUUGGACCAAUGGUUGUAAGAGUAAUGCCUGAUGGUCGGCCAGUGCCCGGUGAUUCUCAAAGGCCUCUGCCUAAAGACGAAGAUGCGGAGGAAUUUAUUGCUAUGCGAUCCAAACCGAUGCCUUCUAUGAUUGAUAUGUUAGAUCAACGCAAACAACAAACACAAAAUAGACCUAUUGUGAGACCAUUUAGGUACACGCUUAAACCGAUAAACUGAUUCUUCCAGUUCCAAUAAUGUGUUCUCAUCAACUUGGUACAGUUUCAGAUAUCAUAUUUAUUUAUUUACAAAAAAAUGAAAUGCAACUUUUAAUAUACAAUAUUUUUAAUUUAUUGUUACAAAAAAACAUUUCAUCUUGUAAAAUUCUAUUUCGUCUUUAUAAUUAUUAUUAUUAUUAUUAUAUUUUUAUUUUUUAAUUAGAUUUAAAUACGUUUCAGGGUCCUAAAUAAUUGUGAAUACAAUUUUUUUUAUUUU